AUGAAGCGUCAAGGUGCCAAGUCUGCGGCGGUGAAGACUGAAGAAGUGACCAAGGCCUUCAGUACCGGGCGCGAGGUUCGUCGAUGCUCGUUCUGCGGAAACUGGGGAAAGUGGAACGUUGCUGGACCAAGCAGAAGGAAGAGAAUCGGGGAGCUCGACGCGGUAGCAAUGCUCCUGGACGCGGAGCGAAUCAAGUCCAGUGGCAAGGAUACCACAGCAACAACAACUGCGACUACGAUCGAGUAG